AUGGGUGAUUAUGACCCAUGUGAAUGUGUAUGUAGCCACCAAUGGGCAAUGCAACGCCUUCUAUCAAUUUUGAGAUCAUCACAGCAAUACUGCACAGAAAAUGAGUGCUUUGGAGAAAUGCCAAAUCAGGAUAUGCAACGUCCAAAUGAAGACUGGGGCAUGUUCAUGAUUAUGAUGGGAUGGAUGGUGAUGGCACUUAUGCUUUUCAUGGUGCGACCAGCAAGCCUCAGAGGGCAAGGAGAUGGGAAGCCCAGGCCAAAUGGAGAUGGUGGACCCCCACCCCCAGAUGUCCCUCCAGUACAAUAG